CUAGCCCUCCAGGCCGAGAGAUGGCGCUGUUGGCGAAAGGAAAGGCAAGAAAGAAAGAAAGAGAGGGGGCGCUCUUUUCGUGUCGUCUCGUCGCUCCUGAAAGGUGUCGCCUAGCGCGGUCACUCAGCAUCCUCCUCCUCCUCCUCCUCCUCGGCGUCGACGGUUGGGCUGCGUGCGUGCGCCGCGCGCCGGCCUUUCCGCCUCUCCCCUCCCCUUCCCCCUCCCCCUUCGCCUGGCCUCAGGCGGGACAGUCCUCGUCCUCGGUCCUCUGCCUCUCCUUCCUUCCUUCCUCCCUUUCCCCCGCGUCGUCGGCCAUGGCUGCCAGCGCCAAGCGGAAGCAGGAGGAGAAGCACCUGAAGCUGCUCCGGGAGAUGAGCAGCCUCCCUCCCAACCGCAAGUGCUUCGACUGCGACCAGCGCGGCCCCACUUACACCGACAUGACGGUGGGCAGCUUCGUCUGCACCUCCUGCUCCGGAAUCCUGCGAGGUUUAAAUCCACCUCACAGAGUGAAGUCCAUUUCCAUGACCACGUUUACACAGCAAGAAAUAGAAUUUCUUCAGAAGCAUGGAAAUGAAGUAUGUAAACAAAUUUGGCUAGGCUUAUUUGAUGAUAGAUCAUCAGCAAUUCCAGACUUCAGGGAUCCUCAAAAGGUCAAGGAAUUUCUACAAGAAAAAUAUGAAAAGAAAAGAUGGUAUGUUCCACCAGAACAAGCAAAAGUUGUGGCAUCUGUCCAUGCAUCGAUAUCUGGGUCCUCUGCCAGUAGUACAAGCAGUACACCUGAAGUCAAGCCACUUAAAUCUCUCCUGGGAGAGUCUGCACCAGCGUUGCACUUAAACAAAGGCACACCUACCCAAUCUCCUGUUGUAAUUCGGUCUCAAGGACAGUCCCAAGAAAAGAAACAGUUUGAUCUUCUCAGUGACCUUGGUUCAGACAUAUUUGCUGCUCCUGCUCCUCAUUCCACGGCUACAGCAAAUUUUGCUAAUUUUGCACAUUUCAAUAGUCAUACAGCGCAGAACUCUGCAAAUGCAGGUUUUGCAAACUUUGAUGCAUUUGGACAGUCUAGUGGUUCGAGUAAUUUUGGUGGUUUCCCCACAGCAAGUCAGUCUGCUUUUCAGCACCAAAAUACAGCGUUCAGAACGCUUUCAUCUAGCUGCAGUUUUGGUGAAUUUACUACUUCCGCUUUUCCUCUCCAGGCUAUGCGCAGUGGGAGCGCUGGAUCAGUGAAUGCUAACUUUGCACACUUUGAUAACUUCCCCAAAUCUUCCAGUGCUGAUUUUGGAGCCUUCAGUGCUUCUCAGAGCAACACAACUGCAGCCAGUAAAGCUGCAGUGAAUAAACCGAAUCUCCAGUCAGCAGAUAAAUAUGCAGCUCUUGCUAAUUUAGAUAAUAUCUUCAGCACAGGGCAAGGUGGUAGUGAACAAGGAAGUGGCUUUUCUGCCAAUCCAACACCAGCAGGUCCUACUGUGUCGGCCCCAAGUCAAUCAAGUGCAUCUUCAGACAAGUAUGCAGCUCUAGCAGAAUUAGACAGUGUGUUCAGCUCCACAGCAACUUCUAGUAAUGCAUAUACUUCCACCAGUAAUGUUAGCAGUAAUGCUUUUGGAACAGUACCAGUAGGUGCUAAUACACAGACACAACCAGCACCCUCAAGUGUUCCUGCUCCAUUUGGAGCCCCAUCCACAAAUCCAUUUGUAGCUGCCCCUGUAGCAGCAGUAGCACCUUCAACAAACCCAUUCCAAACAAAUAACAGAGGAGCACCAGGCCUCUCAGGAGCAAUGCAUACUCACAUGUUUCCUCAGGCUCACUUUGCAGCAACAUUUGGCACAGGAUCCAUGAGUAUGCCUGCAGGAUUUGGAACAACUGCCUCAUACAGUCUUCCUACUAGCUUUAGUGGUAACUUCCAGCAACCUGCGUUCCCAGCCCAGGCAGCUUUUCCUCAGGCUGCAUUCACUCAACAGCCUAAUGGUGCAGGCUUUGCUGCAUUUGGACAGACAAAACCAGUAGCAACCCCUUUUGGGCAAGUUACAGCUGUUGGAGUAUCUAGUAAUCCUUUCAUGGCAGGUGCACCAGCAGGGCAAUUUCCAUCAGGAAGUUCAUCAACCAAUCCUUUCUUAUAGCCUUAUAGACACUUUACCCAAAAGAACUCUUAUGUGAUCACAUAACAUCUCUGCGCCUCUUGCACUGUUGUCUUGUUUCACUGACCUUAGCUUUAAACACAAGUUUUUCAAGAAAAAAAAAAAAGCCUGCAUUGUGUAUUAAAACCGAGGAACACCAGGUAAUGUGCAAAACAGGGGGCUGUGAUAACAUCUUUUAAUCUGUGCAUUGGCAGGAGAAUGUUAAAGGUAUCAUGUAUAUUAAAAUUGGCUAAUAUUAAGUUAUUGCAGAUACCACAUUCAUUAUGCUGCCGUACUGUACAUAUUUUUUCUUAGAAAUUAGUUCUUUGUGCAUAUCAGUAUUUGUAACUUUUAGCACAUUGUUAUGUGAAAAAUGUUAAUGAGGGAAAUAGAUCAGCCACUUUAAGGUGCUGUCAUAUCUCUUGGAAUGAAUGGCCUACAUUAUUUUAACCAUUGCUGUUGGGAGUUAUGAGUUCAAAAUUGAAGGUUUUAUUCAUUUCUUGAAGUGUUUUUUUUCCCUUUCCUAAAGAGCUCUUCUAUUUAUACAUGCCUAAAUUCUCUAUAAUGUAGAGGGAUACCUGUCUGCAUAAUAAAGCUGAUCAUGUUUUGCUACAGUUUGCAGGUGGAAAAAAAUAAUAAACAUUAGAAAAAAGU